UUGAGCACGGGUAGGUGGAGGAUUGUCGGUUUCCGUUUCGAGAAUGACCGGUCAUUAGAGUCAGCCAAAAAAAAAAUUAUCCCAACCCGAAUCCGGAUCGCUGUUCCAGGAUGCUUUCGCGAGUUCGUGACUAUAAUAUUUAGUGGCGCGAUUAAUUUAAACAGCAGUGGAACAAAUCCGGUCAAAGUGGCGUCCCACACAGGCAACAAGACCCGGAAGGAAAAUAUGCUAAAGUUCCUCACGCACAAGCUCCGUACCCAUUCGAUCAAUGAGGACGGCGAAAAGACGGACGAGAACCACGAUUCCGGCACCGAAUCGGACGAGGAUGUGGACACUCCGGAACUGUCUUCAGCAGUGAGGGAGAAGACAUGCAGCAGCGCUUCACCAGCAGACACGGGCUGUUCGAUGGAGAGCCCGGCUCCGGACCAACACGACCCGCACAGCUCCGAGGAGGAGCUGGAAGUCAUCAACGGCGGCGACAAAAAGACCUCCGACACCACCUCCAACGUCCCCAGCACAAGUUCCGGCGCCCGUCCCCUCCGGGCAGCCUCAGCUUGCCUGCCGGAGAAGAGGAAAUGGUCGCAGGUCGGAGACACCGCGCAUAAACACCGCCAAACUCCGGACGAGAACGAGGAGAACAUGUCGCAUUACGGGAAUUUGAGUCCCGCCUCGCCCUGUUCGCCCUACUUGAAGUGCUACGGGGAUGACGGUACGGUCCAGCAUUCCGGUUCGUCCGAUGAAGAGGUUCACCAUUUGCUGGCCAGCAUGGCGACUCCGGUGCAGUUUCGCACGUCACCGCCGCUGGAGGCGGUCAAACCCGGCGGCAGGCGACAGCUGCAGCUGUUGCAGAAGGGCAGAAGUCAAAGUCCACCCGCGAAGCUGCUCCACUACGAGCUGUCGCCGAGGAAGAGGUCCAGGCAUUUGAGGAACGCGCACGUACAAAGACCCUAUCUCGAUUUCGAGAAGAUGCAACAAUUGAAGGCGCGGUCGGUGACGGCGUGGCGACACACCGGCGACCACGGCGGCGAGCUCUCGGUGUUCUGUUGGUGAGACGAGGUCGGGGGACGGUCGCCGUCGCCCACCGAACUGUCCCGCACCCCGCUGAUGGGCAGCCUGCCUUCCGUUUGGCCGCAGCGCUCCGCCGACGACCCGACGACGACGCCGCCGCCCUGAAAUCUCGUGCUCGCGGUUUCUGUACCUGGUUUUUGACUCGAAACGCUGGAUUUUUUGUUUGUUUUGUUGUUGUUCGACGUUUCGGAUUUUGGUUUUUAUUUUUAUGGUUUGACGGCUUGUUUUUUUUUUUGUUUUCUCUAACAAGGAAGUGUGACCCGGGCCGGUCGUUAAUCUCUGCUGCAUCUCAAAAAAAUAUAAAACAAAAUAAGGUUUAAUAAUAGGAACUAAUACAUGAUAUUUUUACACGUUCAUAAAAAUAAUAGUACUCAGACUUUCCGUUCAAUUUCACAAUCGAUAACCCUCGCAAUUGUAACACACAAAAAGGUUACGGUUAAGUCAUGAGGGGGUUAUCUAAUACUUAUUUGUUUUUUCGGCCAGAUUCUCUUAAUCCACAAACAGAUAACGGUAAUAAAAGUCGAGAAGGUCUGACUUCGUAGAAUAGAAGCUUAUUUAGAAAAUAACACACAACGAAAAAUCCAUCACCACUUCAUCAAUAAUAAUAAUAAUAAUAAUAAUGAUAAUAAUGUGAAUUCCACCCGUUAAUUUCGGCAGAAACUCAACAGAUAAUUGUACAACAGCAGUAGGUCGGAAACGCGCCCGAAUUAAUCUUGACGAUAUAUUUUUGUACACAAUUAACGAAACGGUUUGUGACCACUGUGACAGACAAACCGUUUUCUAGACCUACAAAAUUUGCUCAAAAGUCAAUACUAGUGUAGAUAUAGUGUAAAGAGAAAAACAAAACGUUUGGCCUUAAAAGAAUCAAGUGGUGACGAGCGCGUUUUUGAUCCGAAAGAGCCAUAAUAAUGUUGCCAUACAAGUUCAAGUUUUCCCCCACGCUCUUGGAAAUUUCGAAUAAAGCUGCCUACGAACUGCCAUUGUUUUUCAAUGUUUUACAAAGCGAAAUUAACUGCCCCUCUUCUGGAUAAUUUUUUGACGUCCGGACGUGCAGCUCCCAACCACUGGGGCUGGAAAUCGUUCGCAUAAACCGCCCCCAGAACGACAAUCGCACCGGAUGCGGCGAUUUUCGUUUGGAUGAUUUUUGAAUGUUGUCGUCUCCGUGUGGUUUCCGAUUUUGGGGCCUCUCGCAUUGGGUGUAAAAUGUAAAAUUUACAAUGUAAUUGUUGUUCCAAAAAGUGUAGAGAAAAAAUGCAUUAUAGGACUUUUUAACAAAUUUAAAGACUUUUUUAAAAUUGUGUGAGUGAUUUUUAAUACGAAGUGAAGAAUUGUGCAAGCGGAAUCAUUGUAAACGAUUGUAUGAGGUACGGUUGUAGAAGAUAAAAUUAAAAUAAAAAAAAACUGAAAUUCUGAAAAUUUUGUCAAAAAAUUCUAUAAUCACAUGAUUAGUUGUGUUAUAUAUUAUGUAGGAUAUAAUAAUAUAUUAUUUUAUAUUUACAAUAUUACCCAACCCACCGCAUAAACUACAAUUGCCAUUUUUUAAGUGUGGCGAGUUUUUGUACAGAUAUCAAUCGGAAUUAAAACGAUUGACGUAAAUAUACAUAGUUUAAUCUAUCAGUAUGGAAUUUUAACAAAAACUCAAAGCAUAAUUGUAUCAGCAAAAUGCACCAAAAAACCAACAGUAUGUCCUGCAAAUCCUACCACUAUAAUUUGUCACUACUUCAGGAAUAAUUUUAAACCUUGCAUAACAUACUGUGCCCAAAAAAAUACAAUAAUUUCAUAUAACAGUGUAAAAUAAAAGUGGGUAAUAUAUUUUAAUUGCAAAACCAGUGAUAUAUUUAAGUAUUUUUGCACUAAUUCAGUGCUCUUGUGAAAAUAUAAUUUUUAACUCUUUGUGAUAUAAAUAAGUAGUCAUAUAGAAAUAGCUCAAAUCGAAUUUUGUUUUUAAUUAUUAUUGUUGAGAAGGCUUUUGUACUUUGACAGUGUCAAAUUCCUCACCAGGAUUUUUUCGAUUGUGAAAAGCUGAUUGAGUUUGUGAAUAGAUUUUUGUACGGAAUAUAUAUUUUGAAUAUUAACCCCCGCAUCAAAAUAUGUAAAUACGAAUUUACCAAAUAUCAGGAGGAACGUGCGUGGAUCUCGCUAUCUCAUUUUGCACGCACGUUCGCCAUAAAUGCAUCACAAACUUAUCAAUCCUUUUGUAUUGUGAUAAUGAGAUGUGUUUGGUGAGAAAAUCAAAAAAAAAAAAAAAAUAUAAUUCGCUGAAAUGUAUCUAUGUGUAUAUAAAACUAAAUGGAUGGUACACUGUAAUUCAUAUUUCUAUAUGUCUAUGUCGCACAUUUUUAAAUAUUAGUUGCAAUACAAAUGUUAAGUUUAGUGAUUUUUUUUAUUAUUGAAAAAUUUUACCUAAUAAAUAUUUUAUAUCAUC